CUUCCACACUGUCACUCACAGUCCGCACGACUCGAUCAUCAUUUGAUCUUCGUCUUCUUCAGCUCAGUCAGUGCGCGAACCUCUCCAUCUCUCUCCUUCCGACACCGCCAUCUCCUUCCGACUCAGUCGGAGGAGCUUCAAUGGCUGCUCAAGCUGUCUGGCAGCCCAAGGAGGAAGGCCUGAGAGAAAUAUGCGGCCUGCUUCGGCAGCACAUUCGUCCGACCUCCGACCAGUCUCGCAUUCUGCAGCAGCUCCAGCACUACAGCCAGUUCCCGGACUUCAACAAUUAUCUCGCCUUCAUCUUUACCAGUGCCGAGGGUGAAUCAGUUGAGAUUCGACAAGCAGCCGGUCUCCUUCUUAAGAAUAAUCUGAAAACUUCUUUCAACUCCUUGGAUUCUUCGUGUCAGACAUAUAUAAAGACAGAGAUAUUACCAUGUUUAGGAGCAUCAGAUAGGAACAUAAAAUCCACCGUUGGAACAGUAAUUAGUGUUAUCGUUGAGCAAGGACGAAUUUCUACUUGGCCAGAGUUGUUGGGAGCCCUAUUGCAGUGCUUGGACAGUGAUAACCUCAACCACAUGGAAGGUGCCAUGGAUGCUAUAUCGAAGAUUUGUGAAGAUAUUCCAGAAGAGCUUGUUGCAAAUUUUCCUGGACUAGGUGAACGGCCAAUUAAUGUACUAUUACCAAGAUUAUUUCAGCUUUUUGAGUCACCACACGCCUCGUUGAGGAAGCUCUCAUUACAAUCAAUAAAACAGUUCAUCAUGCUGAUGCCAGCUGCAUUGUAUUCAUCCAUGGAUAGAUUCCUCCAAUGUUUACUUGUUCUUUCUCGUGAUUCUGCUGCAGAGGUUCGGAAAUUGGUUUGUGCGGCUUUCGUGGAGCUUGUUGAAGUUCAAACAGCCUUUCUGGAACCUCACUUGAGAAGCAUAGCCGAAUUUAUGCUUCAAGCUAACAAGGACAGUGAUGAUGAAGUAGCUCUUGAGGCUUGUGAAUUUUGGUCCACCUACUGUGACUCGCAGGCAAACCUUGACCUUUUGAGAGAGUUUUUGCAACAUUUGAUACCGGUACUAUUGACAAAUAUGGCUUAUGCGGACGAUGAUGAGGCUCUUGCCGAGGCAGAGGAGGAUGACUCUCUUCCAGAUAGAGAACAGAACAUAAAGCCUCAUUUCCAUUCCUCCAGAUUUCAUGGAUCAGAUGAUGAUAAAAAUGAUGAUGAUGAUAGUUUUAACAUAUGGAAUUUGAGGAAAUGCAGUGCAGCCAGCCUUGAUACUAUUUCAAACUAUUAUGGCGAUGAUAUUCUUCCAAUCCUGAUGCCUCUGGUUCAGGCUAAGCUUUCUACAUCUACCGAUGAAACGUGGAAAGAGAGGGAGGCUGCAGUUCUGGCAAUUGGUGCCAUAGCUGAGGGUAGCAUCGAAGGCCUUUAUCCUCAUUUGCUAGAGAUUGUGGAAUUCCUCAUCCCUCUGUUGGAUGAUAAGUUCCCUCUAAUUCGAAGUAUAACUUGCUGGACACUUUCUCGUUUCAGCAGAUUCAUUAUACAGGGUAUUGGGAACCAAAAAGGCCUUGAUCAGUUCAACAAAGUGCUCGCAGGUCUUCUUCGGAGGAUUUUAGACAGUAACAAGCGGGUUCAAGAGGCAGCUUGUUCAGCUCUUGCCACGCUUGAAGAGGAAGCUGCUGACGAGUUAGUUCCACAUUUAGAAAUUAUUCUUCAGCAUCUCUUAAGUGCCUUUGAAAGAUAUCAGAAACGAAAUCUUCGAAUUGUGUAUGAUGCAAUAGCUGCAUUGGCUGAUGCUGUUGGUGCAGAACUGAAUCAGCCCAGAUAUAUCGAUACUUUAAUACCCCCAUUAAUCUCCAAGUGGCAGCAGCUGUCAAACUCAGACAAAGAACUUUUUCCAUUGCUUGAGUGCUUUUCAUCAAUUGCACAAGCUCUGGGGACAGGAUUUUGUCAAUUUGCUCAACCGGUUUUUGUGAGGUGCAUGAUUAUCAUCCAAUCACAGCUCCUUGCCAAGGUUGAUCCUGUGUCAGCUGGUGUACAGCAUGACAGUGGGUUUAUGGUUUGUGCUUUGGACUUGCUCUCUGGUCUCGUAGAAGGUCUUGGUAGCAUGAUUGAGGCUCUGGUUACAAAUAGCCUCUUAAGAGACCUACUUUUACAAUGUUGCAUGGACCAUGAUUCUGAUGUCCGGCAAAGUGCUUUUGCACUUUUAGGGGACCUUGCAAGAGUCUGUCCAGCGUACUUGCAUCCGCGUCUAUCAGAAUUCAUUAAUCUUGCAGCCAAACAAUUGGAAACUCCCCAAGUGUCUGCAUCUGCUUUAGUGGCAAAUAAUGCAUGCUGGGCAAUUGGGGAAAUGGCAGUUAAGGUUAAGCAUGAGAUUUCUUCUAUCGUCAUGACUCUGAUGUCAUGCCUUGUCCCAAUUCUUCAGCAUGCACAGAACUGUAAUAGAUCUCUCGUAGAGAAUGCUGCUAUAACUCUUGGGAGGCUCUCCUGGGUGUGUCCGGAGAUAGUGUCACCCCAUCUGGAACAUUUUAUUCAAUUUUGGUGUAUUACUCUCUCCAGCAACAGGAUUCGCGAUGACAUUGAAAAGGAAGAUGCCUUCCGUGGCCUUUGUGCAAUUGUCCGAUUAAAUCCUUCUGGAGCCUUGAGUUCACUCAUGUACAUAUGCAAAUCCAUAGCGAGCUGGAAUGUAAUUAGAAGUCAAGACCUACAUGAUCAAGUCUCUCAGCUCUUAAAUAUGUUUAAACAGACUCUUCGUGCUCAAGAUUGGGAGUUAUGCCUGUCUAUGCUGGAGCCACCAGAGAGGCACAAAUUGACGAACUACGGCAUAUGAAGUCCGGACUUAUGAGAGACAUAUGGGUAUCAAUUACCAGUCUACACAGUAAAUACAGGUUCUCAAAACUUCUCUUUCCAGGCAUCAUCAGUUCCAGAAUGCCCACAUGAAGCUAUUGGUACAGUACACAGCUGCGGCCUCAUAAACUUGCGAAGCAGGAUAUAUGUUACAGGAUAUAUGUUAUAUAGUGCAUAUAACGCGGCUUUUUCAAGCACUUAAAACCAAUGAAAUUCAUGAGGCACUUCAAUUCCGAUUA